AUGUCUUCUUUAUUGUUCACAAGCUUUCUUUCAGCAGCUCUUUCUCAAUACACCGACGACGAUUUAGACCUAGAUUUUGAUAUUGUUGACAACAAAAAAGAAGAAGUCCUCCAAAACAUGACGAAGCUGGAAUACCAACCUCAACCUCACAAUUUUUUCGUCGAGACCAUCAUGAUUUCAAUUUUGUUUUUCUAUGGAGUUAACUUUUUCAUAGGCAAAGGCUCAAACGAAAAAAUUGCAACACGGUGGAUGUAUUUAUUAAAAUCCAUUUUCCAAGAAAACUUCAGUCAUGUAGGAAUCGCUGAAAAAGAAGGCGAGGGCGAGAUGCUGUAAACAAUAUAUAGGAAAGAUGGGUAUCAUGCAUUUAAAUACUAUGCGACAGGGAGGUAUAACUGCGCAUAUUUAUUAGCAGAUUUAGAGCUCAACAGAAGACAAGAUCUCGUUAAUUUGUUGAUUGGGAAUUUGCUAUGGAAAGAAAAGGACAGGAUUUCUUAUGAAGUCCCAAUUUCUUCAUCUACACAGAACCCAAUAGUGUUUGCUUUAGUUACAAAUUCAUUAUUAAAAAACAUAAGAACAAAAUAUGAAGACUUAAAAACCUUAACACAUGUAGUUAAAGCACCAGUACCAAACCAAUUCACAGUCCUCACUGAAAGCCAAGACGUCGUCGAAUGGCUCAUAAACCCUCAGAUCCAAGCUUUAAUUGAAAACCUCGCCCCUACAAUUGAAAUGAUCUAUAUCACUGACCAAGUCAUCGGAAAAGGCCAGUAUUCCAUACAUAUGAAAUGUGACUUUAUCAAGCCUGACACUAAAAAAGAAGCCGAAGAUAUACCAAAACAAGCACAAUUAGUCUUAUUAUUAACAGAUUUAGUACACACACUUAAGUUAUCAACUUAUGCAAAGGCGGCAGCUGAUAAAGAAAGAUCUGCGAUUGAAAAAGAAAAAAUGAAAGAAGUUCAAGCCCAAAGAGAAGAAGAAAGACUGAAGAAAAAAUUGGAACAGAAAAAGAAGGAGGAAGAAAAAUUGCAAGGGCUGAGCAAGGAAAAGUUGAGGAAAAUGGAGGAAAAGCAGUAUAAGCAGGAGCUAAAGAAGAAGUCAAUGAAGUUUAAGACAGUUAAAGCUUAG